GUGAGUUUUUCCUUGCCCGUAUGUGGGCUCUGUACCGAGGAUGUCGUUGUGGCUUGUACAGCCCUUUGAGACACUUGUGAUUUAGGGCUAUAUAAAUAAACAUUGAUUGAUUGAUUGAUCGAGGCUUGUCACCCACUGCCCAUGAGGAACCAGAGACCACCCGCUGUGAUCAUGAGAUUCGCAAGUAGAAAGAAGAAGAUCGCACUAUUAAGGCAAGGACGCAAACUCAAAGGAACAGAUGUUUUCAUCAAUGAACACUUGACCAAGAAAAAUGCUGACAUCGCAAGGGUCGCACGACAACUUAAAAGGCAAAGCAAGAUUCAACAAACCUGGGUAACGAACUGUAAGAUCUUCAUCAAACUAAAUGGGACGCCGGAGGAAGCAAAAAUCUUGGUGAUAAGGAAAAUAGAAGAUCUUGAUAAGUAUUGACAUUGAUGCAGUACUUGGUAUCAAUGUAGCUUGUGACCUUUACAUCAUCUCAAUGCUACCCACACCAAGAACACAGACCACACCAAGUAUUGAUAUGGACAUGUUACAGAAGAUCCUCCAACAUCAACAAAAAGAACUGGACAUGUUGAACAAAGCAUCUGCCAGGCGCGGGCCUCCGUCAUGGUUUACGACGACACCAGCAAGAAGUGGGUGCCCAUCAAGCCGGGCCAGCAGGGGUUCAGCCGCAUCAACAUCUACCACAACACGGGCAACAACACCUUUAGAGUGGUCGGCGUCAAGCUGCAGGACCAGCAGGUGGUCAUCAACUAUUCCAUCGUGAAGGGCCUCAAAUACAACCAGGCCACGCCCACAUUCCACCAAUGGCGGGACGCCCGGCAGGUCUACGGCCUCAACUUUGCCAGCAAGGAGGAGGCCACCACCUUUUCCAACGCCAUGCUCUUUGCCCUCAACGUGCUCAGCGCUCAGGAUGGAGGUCCAGCUGUGCAGCGUCAAGCCCAAAAUGGACCGAUCUCAGAAGAGAUGGAAGCCCAGAGAGCAAGGCAGAUGAUGGAGCAGCAGCAGCAGAUGCAAGCCCACAUGGAGCGAGAGCGACACUCCUCCAACUCAGGUUCUCCUUUCCAAGGCCACCCCGCAGUGCUAUCUGUGGCGCCGCCUGUCGUACCUCCCCCUGCCAACAUGGGCGCGGCUCCUCCUCCGCCGCCACCGCCACCGGGGCCUCCGCCGCCCUCCGCCGGGGCCCCUCCGCCUCCCCUCCCUCCUCCACUGCCCAUCCACGGGGAGGAGCCCACGGCCCAGACAGGUCUCGCCGCCAUGAUCGCGGGCGCCAAGCUGCGCCGCGUUCAAAGACCUGAGGAUAGCACGCCCAGCGCCAAAAACGAAGUCAAUCGGACGAGCGGCGGCAGCGGAGGACUGAUGGAGGAGAUGAACGCUCUCUUGGCGCGAAGAAGAAAAGCAGCAUCAGAAAAGCCAGAGGACAACCAAAAUGAUGACCCAAAUUCUCCAUCACCCGGCAACAGGGGGAGUCAGAACGCCACAGAUGGUGCUAAAAAGCCCUGGGACAGAGCCAACUCUGCAGACAGGGUCAUGGCUUCAAGGGUACGACCCGUGGGGAUUGUCAACGACGGAGACUCGCUAGACAUGGAUAGAAUGAAACAGGAAAUCUUGGAAGAAGUGUUCCGUGAGUUGCACAAAGUGAAGGAAGAAAUAAUUGAUGCUAUUAGACAUGAACUCAGUCGAGUUAGCACAACAUAAUCUUCCAGAACCAAGCGCCAAUUUCAACAGCAGGAGGACGACGACAAAAGGAGAAGUCAAGCUGAAACUGUUACGUUCACUGUGGUGUUGAGGCGCUUCCGCCAUGUUGCUGUGACACUUGCAUGACAAGUGUGUGUAACAUUGAGUUUGCGCUUCGCAAAGAGAGCCGUGUGUGUGUGUGUGUGUGUGUGCGCGCGCGCGCAUGUGUGUGUGCGCGUGUGUAUCUGUGUGCGUGUGAAGGGACUCUACAAUUCUUUACAUUUCUGUCUCUUUGUUGUCCACUGUUCCUUUCUGCCUCUGUUUGGUCUAAAGAACACUAGAUAAUUCAAUAUAUUUGAACUAUUUUAAAGUUUUCAAGAGUUUAUUUUUAUUUUUGUUAUGUUUACUCUCAUUUGUAUGACCCUUACUAUCAUUUCUCAUUAUUGAAGUAUUCUUAAAAGGAAUCAUAGCCGAUAAUAUUGAGAAUAUGAUAGUAAAUGUAAAACUGUUGCACAUAUUUUGAAAUAAUUCUGUUUUAUAUUAUUCACUUAUGAACUGUACUACCAAAUGCUUCUCAUCAUUUGUUCAUUUUAAAUGUGUGUUUAUUCUUUAUGGCCAACACAGUAGUGCAGCUUUGACCAACAACAGACAGUGGGUAAACUUUUGAACAAAAUAAUAAUUAACACACCAGAGUAUUUGUGAUCAUUUUGUUAAUAAUAGUUUAAAAAAAAUGUUUAUUAGCUGCCAGUAUUGUUUAUUUUAUUAUCUCUAUGACAAAGUGCUUCCUUGUUGGACAAGUGGAGAGGGAAAAUAAAAUGCACUGAGUUUGAAAUUAAUCAAAUAAAACUGUGAACAAUGUCUUGGAUAA